GCAUUAUACUUUGCAACUGGGGUUUUUUCGAACAGAGGUUUUUAUUCGAAGAAAACUUUUGUGAAUCAUCCGAAAUCGCCCUUCAAGGAGAUUGUGGAAAAGAUUAUAAAAAAAAAUAAUUUUAAAAAAAUUGGAAUACUUUUAAAUUUCCGUUAAGCUUUUAAGGUGCAUUUUGAUUGAAAACUAACUAAAAAUGUUUAGUUGGCUUAGCCGAAAAGAGCAGGAAGUAGACGUGGUUGAAAAUGUAAUCGGAGAAUUGAAAAAAAUAUAUCGGCAAAAACUUUUGCCAUUAGAGGAUUUUUAUCAGUUUCAUAACUUUCAUUCACCAAAACUGGAAGACCCAGACUUUGAUGCAAAACCUAUGAUUCUGCUAGUUGGACAGUAUUCUACUGGAAAGACUACCUUUAUCCGCUAUUUGUUGGAACGGGAUUUUCCCGGUAUUCGAAUAGGCCCGGAACCCACAACGGACCGCUUUAUAGCAGUAAUGCACGACGAGAAAGAAGGUGUCAUUCCUGGAAAUGCUCUUGUUGUAGAUCCAAAAAAACAAUUUCGACCUCUAGGAAAAUAUGGCAAUGCUUUUUUAAAUAGAUUACAAUGUUCAACUGUCAAUUCUCCCGUGUUGCAAGCAAUUUCGAUUGUCGACACACCGGGAAUUUUGUCUGGAGAAAAACAACGUGUUGAUCGUGGAUAUGAUUUCACCGGUGUAUUAGAAUGGUUUGCAGAACGUGUUGAUAGAAUUAUAUUAUUGUUUGACGCCCAUAAGUUGGAUAUUUCUGAUGAAUUUAGACGUUCAAUUGAAGCAUUACGAGGACACGACGAUAAAAUCCGUAUUGUUUUAAACAAAGCAGAUAUGGUGGAUCAUCAACAGCUUAUGAGAGUUUAUGGCGCACUCAUGUGGUCUCUUGGAAAGGUUUUACAAACGCCUGAAGUAGCACGAGUUUACAUUGGAUCAUUCUGGGAUCAACCAUUACGUUAUGAUGUAAAUAGACGAUUGUUUGAAGAUGAAGAACAAGACUUGUUUCGUGAUUUGCAAUCAUUACCGAGAAACGCGGCAUUACGAAAACUAAAUGAUUUGAUAAAACGUGCUCGUUUAGCAAAAGUACAUGCAUAUAUCAUAUCUGAGCUGAAGAAAGAUAUGCCUUCAAUGUUUGGUAAAGACGGUAAAAAAAAGGAGCUCAUUAAAAACUUAGGGCAAGUUUACGACCGUAUUCAAAAAGAACAUCAGAUAAGUCCUGGUGACUUUCCAGACAUAAAAAAAAUGCAAGAAUCAUUACAAAAUUUUGAUUUUACUAAGUUCCACAGCUUGAAGCUGCCAUUACUGGAAGUAGUAGACAAAAUGCUUGAAAAUGAUAUUGCUAAAUUAAUGCAAAUGAUACCUCAAGAAGAACAACAACUUGUUUCGGAGUCACUAAUUAAAGGUGGAGCUUUUGAUGGAGUUAUAGAUGACACUGAAUCGCCCUUUGGAUAUAAAAAAGGUGAAGGCAUUGACGCAGGAUCCGGUGAAGUAGACUGGAUUUGCAACCGCGAUCGAGAGCGCACUGACAAAAUAUUUGAUACUCUUAAUCCAGUAGAUGGUAAAAUUAGUGGAGCUGCUGCUAAAUCCGAGCUUAUCAAAUCCAAAUUGCCGAAUAACGUUUUGAGUAAGAUUUGGAAAUUAGCUGACGUUGAUCAAGAUGGUUUUUUGGAUCAAGAAGAGUUUGCACUAGCAAUGCACUUGAUAAAAGUAAAAGUUGAGGGUAAUGAGCUGCCAAAUAUAUUACCUGAUCAUUUGAUUCCACCUUCAAAACGAUAAAAGAGCUUUUCGUGUUCAAUGUGGACAACAUAAAAUUUGAAAAACUAAUAUUAUGUUACAUCUAUAUUUUAAAAUAAUUUCAAUUACUGUUUUGGCUGUAAUUCCAAAACAGUCAAAAUAAAUUCAAAUCACAAAAUAUUACUUAUCUAAAUAAUCCUUCAAUUGCAUUGUAAGCAUUCAUAAACUUCCAAAUUACAUUCAAAGUUACGUUACAAAGUGCCUAUGACCAAAUAACACAUUUGCAUCAAUAGAAUAAACAAAAAUAAAUGGACUCUAAAAUUUUUGGCAAAUAAACAUACAAAAUUUAU